AUGUCGGCCAAACGUAGGAAGGUCUCUUCCGGCAAUGGGGCCAUAAAAGAAGCCUCAAUUCAGAUCCAAAAACCCAAAACAAAACCUCAACCUGUAACAGCACCGGUCGAACCGUCCGCGGUACCAAACUCCGAGGCCGAGUCAGAGACUAUAGACGAUGCGUCGGGGGAGGAGAGCGAAGAGCCUGCCCCAAAAACAUUCCAGGACUUGGGCAUCGUUGACUCCCUCUGCGACGCUUGCAAAGAGCUUGGAUGGAAGAAACCGACACCAAUCCAGCAGGAAUCGAUUCCACUUGCCUUACAAGACCGCGACAUUAUUGGCCUUGCAGAGACCGGUAGCGGUAAAACGGGUGCGUUUGCACUUCCGAUUCUCCAAGCCCUUCUCGACAAGCCACAACCUCUGUUCGCCCUCGUGCUCGCCCCAACAAGAGAGCUGGCAGCCCAAAUUGCGCAAUCCUUUGAGGCGCUGGGCUCUCUGAUAUCGCUUCGAUGUGCUCUGAUUCUGGGUGGCUUGGACAUGGUACAGCAGGCUAUUGCGCUGGGAAAGAAGCCGCACGUGGUGGUUGCGACGCCCGGUCGGUUGUUGGACCAUUUGGAGAAGACGAAGGGAUUCAGUCUGCGGAACCUCCGCUACCUGGUCAUGGAUGAGGCCGAUCGUCUCCUCGACAUGGACUUCGGCCCGAUUCUGGACAAGAUCCUCAAGUUUCUUCCCAGAGAACGCAGGACCUUCCUCUUCUCCGCUACCAUGUCAAGCAAAGUUGAGAGCCUGCAGCGCGCCUGUUUGCGCGACCCCUUGAAAGUCAGCAUCUCGUCAUCGAAGUACCAGACCGUCUCGACUCUCGUUCAGAACUAUGUCUUCAUCCCGCACACCCACAAGGACACCUACUUGAUCUACCUAUGCAACGAGUUUGCGGGCCAAACCAUCAUCAUCUUCACCCGCACCGUGAUCGAGACCCAGCGGAUUGCUAUCCUACUACGCACGCUCGGCAUGGGUGCCAUCCCGCUGCACGGUGGCCUCUCGCAGUCGGCCCGUCUCGGCGCCCUGAACAAGUUCCGCGCCGGCUCCCGUGACAUCCUCGUGGCCACCGACGUCGCCGCCCGCGGUCUCGACAUCCCCAACGUCGACUGCGUCCUCAACUUGGACCUCCCCGGGGACUCCAAGACCUACGUGCAUCGUGUGGGUCGUACGGCACGUGCCGGCCGGUCGGGACACGCAAUCAGUUUUGUAACACAAUAUGACCUCGAACUCUGGCUGCGCAUCGAGGCGGCACUGGGCACCAAACUUACGGAGUAUUCCUUGGAAAAAGACGACGUCAUGGUGUUCAGACCACGGGUGGAAGAGGCACAGCGGAUAGCGAAGACUGAGAUCAAGGCGCUGAUGGAUGAUCGUGGAAAGAAGGGCUCGGUGUUGAAGGGCGGGAAGGGGCGGAAGAGAGGGCCACCCGGGUCGAGCCGGGAUCAUAUGGACGCCGAGGAGGGUUGA